AUAUAACAGCUGCACGAAACCGGGCUUUGAGGAAAAAUCUCAUCUACACAAAGAGCAUAAAACAAACGACUAGGCAACAAUCUUCCGAGAGCUUGUUAUGACUUGAGCCAGAAUAGCGUCCGAUGGAGGUCCAUCACGGCAUGUUUUUAGUACAAUUAGGCCCCAGGAAAGGUCGCACUGUAGGGAGUUUCCCCCACACUUUACGAUUCCGAUUCACAAGUGAAGAUCCGACGUUCCGAAACCGCAGCAGGAGCGUACAGACAUCCAAAGGAGAAGCGAGGCAGGCAUGGAGGUAUGCGUAUCUGAGAACUGAUGUGACGCAGCGCAAGGGUGCAGUAAUUUGUGCGUACCCUAGUCCGUCAUGUCGCUGCCUUCUCGCUUCCUCAUAUACGCGAUCCAGAGCCGAAUCUUUGUUUCAACCAUCAGAUAUUCAGGAAGAGUGUUUGGUAAUCGUCUUUAAAGAUUGGCAUAACUGUGGAAUUAGCAUACGCAUGAGUACACGAAGUGAAGUGAUGGUUUCUUCUUGUGAAAACGCACGUCGGAAGAGGGGAUAUGCGGCUUUCCUCUGUCUGUGGUGUCUUCCGAGCGAGCACCUAGCAAUUCUUUAUAAUCAAAGUGUUAAUUGAUGGCAGGUUACCCAGGCUGCUACUCAUCUAGAGCAUCGCCGUUGAUGGAUCACACUUGAGAAGCUCUUUUACGCUGUGAAAUCCUGGGCGCACCUCUUAGCGGCAGC